AAUCCAUACUGGAUUAAAAAUGGCGGCAACGAGCGAUGAAGAAAUGGAGAAGUUACUCUCCCUCGCUAAUCAAAUCUCCAACGAUUUCGAAAAUGGCAUCAAUGAAAUCCAAACCCUAAAAUCCAACUUCAAUGCAGAAAUCAACCAUCGUCAAUCUCUCGAGCUCACCUGCUCCACUUUGAGGAGAGAGAAUGAACGAUUGAAGAACCUUCAUCUCGAAACCCUCAACAAUCUUAUGCUUCAAUUACAACACAGAGAAAAUUCUCACAAUGUGAAAGAGGAAUUGCAGAAAUUAACCACCGAAUCACUCAAAAUUGCAGAAGAUCAUCGGAAAACUGUGGAAUCAUUGAAGCGAAACCACGAGGAAGAAAUUAGGGUUUUGGAGGUUCAAAUUGGGGAAAUUUCGCGUCAAAAAUCGGCGGAUGAAGCGACGAUUUAUCUGCUGCAUCAUGAGCUGAUUUCGUUAAGGAAUCGAUUGAAGGAUGUGGAGGAGAAGAGUCGAGUAGAGAUUGAGGAUUUGAGGGAUUGUAUAAUUGUAGAGCAGGAAGAGAAGAAGGAAUUGAGUAAGAAAGUUAGGGAUUUGGAGAAGGAAUUGCUCGUUUCGAAGACGAAAGCAGCUGAUCAACAGUUUUCUUCGUCAGACAAACAGUUGGAUUUGCUGAAGCAGAAGAUGAUGAAAUUGAGGAGAGAGAAUGAAGCUCUUAAAAAACAGCUGAUUGCCUCCAAACAGAGCUAAAUGAGGAGAUUUGCUUCAACUAGGUAACAAACAGAAAACAUUACUGAUUCAUUUUGAUCAUAUUAUUUACAUAUAUUGUUGUGCAAAUUCGAAUAUGUAUCGUGGAAUUGUUAGAUGAUUUGUACAUUGGUAGUUUGAAAUGACGAGUAAUAGUGCAUUGAUACUUUAACGAUAUAAGGAUUUAAAAGGAAUUUGAUUACUACUUAUGUGCCAAUUGGUUUUUCUAGCAAUAUGUAGAUACUAGAUAAGAUGUGUAUUUAGGGCUAU